AUGUCAGAAAAGGAACCUGUCGAAGGGGCAGGAAAAGAAGGGUCGUCCGAGGAUGACGAUGUUGUGGAAGUGCCACAAGCAGGGAAUGCAGAAGUGACACCGCUGGGCACGCCGGAUGUCGCGGAGCCCAGCGAUCACGCGGAAAAUGCUUCCGCCGCGCGCGAGUCGCCUGAUGCGGAACCGGGUGGUGAGGCUCAGAAGGAUUCUACAGCAGAGGAAGCAACAGAAGCUGCAACGAUUGAGGACACAGAAGGAGCGACUGCGGCCCGAGAAGGGACAGAUGGCGGAGCAGCGAACCCGGAAGGCGGAGCCGAGGCGGAGAAGGCGCAAGCUGGUGAGGCAGAGGCAGCAGGUGACGAUGCGACGAAGGAGGAUGCAGGGACAGCGGCGGCGAACCCAGAGGUACCGACGGAUGGAGGAGCAGAGGGAGCCGAUGUGAGUACCAAGGCACCGGCUGCAGAUGACGGUGCGACGAAGGAGGACGCAGAAAAAGCGAUGACGAGCGCAGAAGUAACGGUCGAUGGAGAAGCAGAGGGAAUGGAGGCGGAUAUCAAGGCAUCGGCAGCAGAUGGCAGUGCGACGAAGGAGGACACAGAACCAGCAACUGAGUUGUCGAAAGGAACAAAUAAGGGAGGAGCAGACCCGGAAAGCGGAGCAGAGGCUGAGAAGGCGCAAGCUGCGGCGGCAGAUAAAGAGCAAGCAGAGGCGGAUGCGACGGAAACGAUGCAGCCCGGUGAGGUGGAAAAGAAGACGGCAAAUGCGGACCCCGCUUCCCCCGAAGUCGUUCCCGCUGUCACUUCCGGUUCUGCUCCGGCUGCUGCUCCCGCUGCCGCUCCCGCUGCUAAUCCUGAGGCACCACUUGCUUCCCCGGCGGAAGCUGUUCCGCCAGCAACCCCUGCCCCUCCUGCGGAAGCGGGGGCUGCCCCCUCCGCCACCCCCGUUGCUCCGCCAUCUCCCGGUGCGCCUCAGCAGGCACCAUCAUCCGCUCCCGCCGCUGCCGCGUCUUUCGCAACGAUAGACGCGGAGAUUAAAGCGGUGCGCGACAUGCCGAACCCUCUGGGCUCGGGACCUUCCGGAAGCGCAUCCGCCCCAACGCCCGCAACAGACGCUGCGAAAGCACCUGCCGCGCCGCCAGCAGCGGCGAACGCAGCAGCGGCAGGCGCAGCGGCAGCAGCGGCAGCACCCACCGCAGGAGGACAGGCAGCGCCAGUAAUAGAAACAAUCGAGCUGGACGACGACGACGAGGACGACGAAGCGGACAAGAGCGCGCUGAACGCGAUCCUCUCCGUGCCACCAAAAGAGCUCGAGACAGCGGUCGAGAAACUCCUAUACAUCCACAUGAGGCCGCGCCUCCCGGGCGCGGACGACGACGAUCAGAUCGCGCCGCACACGAUGGCGGCGCUCGAGACGGGCGUGAAGUGGGUGCUGAAGCGGCAGAGCUCGUCGGUGCCCGCGGAGCAGUGCGUGCGGCUGGCGAAGGCGCUGCUGCUGGACUCGCAGCACGGGAAGCGCGGGCGCCCGCGCAAGUACUUCGCGGAGGCGGAGGUGAACGUGGCGCUCGCCGCUGUCAGCGCGUGGCUGGAGAGGCGGAGGCAGCAGGAGGCAGGGGGAGGGGCAGGGGGAGGGGGAGCGGGAGGAGGGGCCAAACCAGGCGAGGCAGCAGUUGCGGCGAAGGCUGCAGCAGCAGCUACUGCAGGAGCUGCAGCGGGCCUCACGUUCACCUUACGUCCCGGCACCAUUCUCGCCGGCACCGUACCUCGCACCGUACCUGCCGGCUCCGCACCUGCCGGCACCAUACCUCGCACCGUACCUGCCGGCGCCGCACCUCCCACCGUGUUUGCGAGCCCCGUAGCUGCUCCCACAGUUGCGGCGUCGCCUGCGGGGAAUCAGACGGGCGGGGUGGGUCUGUGGCAGGGCAGAACGCGGCUGGGAGGGCUGGGGUCGCGGCAGCGACAGGGGAGGCAGGCGUGGGAGGGGUUUGGGGGGCUGAAUUCAGUGCCCACACAGCAAAGUGAAGAGGCUGGACGGAGGCUUGUGAUGCCGGCGGUUGAAGCACAGCGAGUGACACAGGGGCGAGAGCAGGGAGCACAGGGGGUAACCCAAGCGCGAGAACAAGGGGUAGCGCAGCCGCGAGCACAGGGGGUAACCCAGACGCGAGGGCAGGGAGCGGCGAACGCACCACCAGUGAGGGAGUACGUGUUGGGGCUGAAGGCGCCUGAUAGAAGCACGCUGAGGCCGGGAGCAGGGAUGGUGGAUGUGCCUGUAGGGGGGGCUUCCCCGGGAGCGAUUCCGGGGCAGAAGCAGGAGCGCGAGCACGCCACGCUGCUGUCGUUUCUCCACUGGCUCUACCCCCACCUGUGCGGGAUAUGCAAGGCGGUGGUGCAGCACGGGCCGUUUGUGGAGGGGCAGGGCGCGCAGGGGCGGUUUGGGGGGUACGAGGUGGGGGAUGUGGCCAAGGGGAAGGAGCGCGGGGUGCUGGUGCGCGCGCCCAGCAACUGGCGCAAUGUGGGGGACUCCUCCUGGGCCACGGAGCUCAACCAGCAAGGGCCAAAGAAGCGGCGGCUGGUAUUUGUGGGCUGGCAGGCGUUUGCGCAGACAGAGCGGGGGGCAGUGGACGUGGGCAUUCACAUUGAAGACACGGAUACCAUCAGGUCUCUCCUCACCAAGAAGCGCCGCCUGCAGCAGUUCGCCCGAAACCGAGUCGCCGACAUCCAAACCUUGAAAGGCAGGCUCUCCGAAGCUCGCUUGCAGGUUCGGUCGCUCAAGGACCAGGUUCGGGAUCUCCAAACCCAGCUGAAGGCUGCAAAAGAGAAGGAGAAAGCAUGGGGGCGGGGGCGAGGGGAACGGUCAGCAGAGGAGGAGCAGAAGAAGCUGCAGCGGCGCCUCAAGAAGCUUAAAGCCCAGGCUGGUAACCGCCCAAUCACCGCUGAUGACGUGGCGAUGCUGGAUCUGAUGUCAGACGAAGAUGACGAUGACGAGGACGAGGAGGGUGACGGGGCGGCAGCAGGGGCGGACGGAGCAGCAGGAGAAGGGAUGCGGGAGGAGGCAGCAGAUGCGGCGAUCGGAGUGGAGCUGUGGAUUCCAGAGUUGGAUGAGCCAGACGAUGAGUUGGUGAAUGAAUUGCUGGAGGACAUUGAAGUCAUGCCCAAUGUGUCUGUCCCCAAUGGGACCGGUACACCCAAUGUGCCCAAUGUACUUGGGGAGUCACCGCAACUACCCCCUGUUGAUGUCCCAGCGCCGUCCCCUGCCACGUUCUCGCCUGCUAACGCGUCCCCCUUUCAGAUCCCUCAAACUCCUAAUGCUUCUGCUCUUGCUGCUGCUGCCGCUGCUGCGGCCGGUUCUCCUGCUGGUGCCGGUGCUGCUGCAUCCCCAGCAGCAGGCAGGACCAUCUCGCCUCUCCUGCAGCAGCUGCUGCAGCGCUCCUCCCGCCCCAUAUCCACCAGAACCACCAAACCCCAGCGCUCCUCCGCCACACCUGCACCUCCCACCGCUCUCAACCGCGCUCCCAUCCUCCCCACCGUGCCCCGCCAUGCCUCCAACUCCUUCCUGCUGGCAGCAGCGUCAGGGCAGAUCCCCACCGCUGCCGCGCCUCCCGCUCCUUCCCCUGGCAACCCUGCUCGCGCCCCUGCCUCUGCCGCUGCUGCUCCUCCCCGUGAGGGCUCUGGGCGGCCGUCCCUGGGCGUGUGGGACAGGAUUCAGCAGAGGAGGAAGAGAGCGAGGGAGGGGCUGACAGGGGACCCGGAGGAGCUGGGGGCACAGCAGAGAGACGGGAGGGAUGGGAGAGACAGGCCGCAGCAGCGGCAGGAGGCAGGCGGGCGGGAGCGGGAGGGCACACUCACUCGCCCUUCCCUGGGGUCAGGCCGGCCCCUGGCUGGGUUACGGAAGCGAAGACGGGAGGGGCAGGUUGACCCGGUGUUUGGGUCGGUGGGGCUGCGGCCGCGGGGGCGGGAGCGGGAUAUUCUGUUCUGGUUCCGCGGGACUGAGCGGCGCAAGAUGACCAGGUUCCAGUCACGGCUGGAGCGGAGGAUGCACAAGCUGGGCUUCGCAGCACCAACGCACGUGCAGCAAGCAGCCAUCCCGCACGUCCUCGCUGGCAGAGACCUGCUCAUUCGAGCGGACACGGGGUCGGGCAAGACGCUGCUGUAUCUCGCGCCCAUUCUGCAUGCCCUGCAGGCGUGCAGGCAGCGCGUGGACCGCAAGCACGGCACGUAUGCCGUCAUCUUAGCCCCAACCAGGGAACUCUGUGUGCAAAUUGAGGAGGUGGCGCAGCAGCUGUGCCGGCGCUUCGUGUGGAUCGUGCCGGGGCGGUGCAUCGGAGGGGAGAGCCGCGGCAAGGAGAAGGCGCGCCUGCGGAAAGGGCUGGCCAUUGUGAUUGCGACACCUGGCAGGCUCCUGGACCACCUUCGCAACACGUGCUCUUUUGGACUCGCUCGCCUGCGGUGGCUUGUUCUGGACGAGGCUGACAGGCUGCUGCAUUUGGGAUUCGAGAGGGACAUCAAGGAAAUCAUCUCUCUGCUGCGGGAGAGGCUCAGCCAAGACGGCUUGGGGUAUGGCCGCGACAUUGAAGAUAUUCUAACCACUUACCACCCCUCUCCACCGCUCUUCCCACCCACCAGGUUGCUGGACUUAGGAUUCGAGCGGGACAUCAAGGAAAUCAUCUCUCUGCUGCGGGAGAGGCUCAGUCAAGAUGGUCUCAUGCAGGGAGGGGGUGCUCAGGGUGCUUCCAGGAAGCUUCAGACCAUGCUGCUGUCCGCCACGCUCGGGCCGAGGGUGGAGCAGCUUGCUGACGUCAGCCUGGUGACGCCGGUGGCUGUUAGCGUGACAGGUGGCAGCGUGCGAGUGGAGGAGAGGGUUUCUGGGCGGCCGGUGGGGAGGGGAGGAGAUGGGGUGGGGGAGAGAGAGGGGAAGGGCGGUGGGACGGGUGAGAGGGAAUUGGAGGAGUUGGGAGGGGUGGAGAGAGGGGAAGAGGAGGAGGAAGAUGCAGAAGAGGAAAUGGAGGAGGAACAGGAGGAACAGGAGGAACAGGAGGAGGAAGACGAGGAAGAAGUCGAGGAAGAUGAGGAGGAAGCAGAGGAAGAGGAGGAGGAGCAGGAAGCGGAGGAGGGAGAGGUGGAGGAGGAUGAGGAGGAGGAGGAGGAGGAGGAGGAGGUAGGGGAGGAGAAGGACGACGAGGACGAGGACAACCUGCCUCUCUUCAUGCAGGCGCUUAGAGCGGUCAAGAAGGCAGGGCGGGCGGAGAGGAAGGAGAAGAAAGAGGAGAGGAAGGAGGAGAGAAGAGAGCAGAAGGAGCAUAAGGAGGACAAGGGCAAGGGGUCGGAAGGUGAAGAUGGGGUAUUGGAGAGUGGUGGUAGUAAAGGCGGGGUGGGCAAGGCGGAGAGCAAGAAAGGGGGAGCAGCAGGCAUGGCUGUGGCAGAAGCAGCCAAGCAGGGGAUUGGGGAGUCAAGAGAGGGUGCAGGAGAAGGUGCACGCAGGGAGGUGGAGAGGGGAAGAGGGAAGGAGACGGGGGGAGAGCAGACAAGGGUGGAGGAGAGGCGGGAGGGCGGGGUGUUGCAGGAGGGGCCGAGUGGUGGAGGGUCGUUUGUCUUCCCGGAGCAGCUCAAGCAGUUCGUGCUCACAGGUGGGUGUGGGUGUGGGCGCACAGGUGGGUGUGGGCGCACAGGUGGGUGUGGGCGCACAGGUGGGUGUGGGCGCACAGGUGGGUGUGGGCGCACAGGUGGGUGUGGGCGCACAGCCCUGCUGUCCACUGCUGGAACCCCAAACCUCUAUAUCUUCCUCGCUUCCUCCCCACAUCUUCCUUCCCCGGCCCCUACCACCAGUCCCGUGCCGCUGUCGACUCAUCACGCUCAUCGCUCUGCUGCGCUCCAAGCUUGCCACGUCAGCAUCAUCCAAGCGCCGGUGUUCAAGCUGCACGGCAACAUGGAGCAGAAGGACCGAUCCAAGGCCUUCCUGGCCUAUCGCAGCGCGCCACGUGGCGUGCUGCUGUGCACUGACGUGGCGGCGCGCGGCCUUGACUUCCCUGCUGUGGAGACCAUCGUGCAGUUUGACUCCCCGGGCGACGCUGCUGAUUAUGUCCACCGAGUGGGGCGCACGGCUCGCAUCGGGCGAAAGGGAGAGGCAGUGCUGUUCCUCCUCCCCAACGAGACAGAGUAUCUGGACCAGCUGCGCUCCUGCAACGUGCACCUCCUCCCCAUGCCCCUCCUCCCUCUCCUCGACUCCCUCCUGCCCGGAAACUCCUUCGAACCUGCCCGGACCAAUCGCAGGCGGCCGGCUUGGAAGGAGGUGAGUCCGGAGGAGGCUUUGGCCAAUCACAGCGCGGUUGAGACGUGGCAGGAGGAGUUGGAAUCAACUGUGGGGAGGCAAUCGGCGUUGAGGGAGCUUGCCACUGGGGCUUUUCGGUCGUUUGUGCGGGCGUAUGGUGCGCACAAGGGCAGCUUGAAAAAGAUUUUCCACCCCAAAAGGCUGCAUUUGGGGCAUGUUGCGCGGACCUUUGGGUUGUCGGAAACUCCGUCGGCGAUUGGGAAAUCCGCGACCAAGGCGGCGGCUGCUCUGAAGAGGAAGCAAAGGAUGAUGGGGCAACAACAGAAGAAGCGCAUGCGAGCUGCUACUGCGGGGGAAUGA